AAUCGGCCAUCUUGGCUCGCUUUCCUCUGUCGCUCAACUUCCUACUUCCGGCUAUGGAGGUCUGACAGAUAGACAUUUAAACGCUCCUAAGUUGAAUUACGCGUUUACAGCCUCAAUCGAAGACCAGCAGAAGUCUGUUCUAAAUAUUAAAUUUAAAAGAUGCCUGUUGCUGUCGGACCAUACGGACAGACCCAGCCCAGCUGUUUUGACCGGGUCAAGAUGGGCUUCAUGAUGGGCUUCGCUGUUGGAAUGGCUGCCGGUGCCAUGUUUGGUACCUUCUCCUGUCUCAGAAUCGGAAUGCGAGGACGGGAGCUAAUGGGAGGCGUCGGGAAGACCAUGAUGCAGAGUGGGGGUACGUUUGGCACCUUCAUGGCCAUCGGGAUGGGCAUCCGCUGCUGAGGAGCCAGAGAAACCUCAACGCAAUCCAAAUAAACCGAUGGGACAUUUACAAUAGCAGCCACAUCUUGGUGUCCACUCAGUCAUGUCACACUGCAGUCUUGUUUCUUUCAUUAAACCCCCCCAAAAAGUUG